GCUAUGACGUAACUUGAAGUAAGGUUUAAUAAACGACAGUAGCGUGCGACAUAAUGGCUCGUAGGUUUAGCCCAAAGCUAGCGUUAGUAACGUCACGUUAAUCAAUGAACAUAUUUGCUUUAAAGUAGGUGACCUGGUGACUAUUAAAGUGCUCCUGUGGCUUUAAUAGUCCUACAACAGGUGAGGUUGAACAACGUAAAUAACGUCAGCGCACACAGGGAACCUUUAUUUUGAAAACAGGAAACGACAGGCAGAAAUGCCGAUCAGCUGACUGAAAUGUUGACAACGCAGGUCAGUGUCCCGGUGGAGGAAGAAGAAGCAGUUGGUGCGAGGGGUGACUCUAAAUGUCCGCUAGCUUAGCGUGUAGCCGAGUCUCUUUCUUUCCUUUAGUUGCUCGCUCGCCCCUUCAUCCCCCCUCGUCCCCCCCGCGCCCCCCUCCCCAGGUGAGCUGCUUCCGACCUGUUGAUCCAUGCACCACGAACACGGGCAUUCAUCUCCAGCAUGGACAUCCAGAGCGAGAGGACGCGACUGCUGGCCGAGGAGGACGGAGACCAGGACCCCCCCGGGCUGCUGUCCGAGCAGGACGCUUACCUCAGCAAGGUGAAGAACCGGAACUUGUACCUGGCCACGCUGGCGUGCGUCCUGGGGCCCUUGAGCUUCGGCUUCGUGUUGGGCUACAGCUCGCCCGCCAUCCCCGAGCUCGCCCGGAUCGCCGACCCCCGGCUGCGGCUGGACGCCGAGCAGGCCUCGUGGUUCGGGUCCAUCGUGGCAGUGGGGGCGGCGUGCGGCGGCCUGCUGGGCGGCUGGAUGGUGGGCAGCAUCGGCAGGAAGCUCACGCUGAUGUCCUGCUCGCUGCCCUUCGUCUCGGGCUUCGUCCUCAUCGUGGCGGCGCAGAACGUGUGGAUGCUGUACGCCGGGCGGCUGCUCACGGGCCUCGCCAGCGGGGUCACGUCGCUGGUCGUCCCGCUGUACAUCUCUGAGAUGGCCCACGAGCGCGUCCGCGGCACCUUGGGCUCCUGCGUGCAGCUGAUGGUGGUGCUCGGCAUCAUGGGAGUUUACCUGGCAGGUCUCUACCUGGACUGGCGCUGGCUGGCGAUCUGCUGCUCCGUCCCGCCCACCCUGCUGAUGGUCUGCAUGUGCUUCGUGCCCGAGACGCCGCGCUUCCUGCUGUCGCAGGGCAAGCGGCGGGAGGCCGAGCAGGCACUGCGCUUCCUGCGGGGGCCGGACGCCCCCGUGGAGUGGGAGUGCGCCCGCAUCGAGGACGCCUGUGACGAGCAGGGCGGCGGUUUCCAGAUGUCCGACCUGAAGGACGCGGGCGUCUACAAGCCCCUGGUGAUCGGCGUCAUGCUGAUGAUAUUCCAGCAGAUGACGGGGAUCAACGCCAUCAUGUUCUACGCAGAGGACAUAUUUCAACGUGCGCAUUUUAAGGAGAGCGACCUGGCCUCGGUGAUCGUGGGUCUCAUUCAGGUGGUCUUCACAGGCGUGGCGGCGCUCAUCAUGGACCGAGCCGGGAGAAAAAUCCUUCUGAUCAUCUCAGGCGUUGCCAUGGCGAUCAGCACCACGGCGUUCGGGGUUUACUUCUACCUGACGUCCGGACUUCACAGCCGCCCCCAGCUGAGCCUGGUGCUGCUGGACGUCCAGAGCCGGGCUGGAGAAGAGCCGCACGCCGACCUGGCCUGGCUGGCCCUGGCCAGCAUGGCCGUCUUCAUCAUAGGCUUCGCUCUGGGAUGGGGUCCCAUCCCGUGGCUGGUCAUGUCGGAGGUCUUCCCCUCCAAAGUGAGGGGCGUCGCCAGCGCCGCCUGCGUCCUCACCAACUGGAGCAUGGCCUUCCUGGUCACCAAGACCUUCCAGAACAUGAUGGAUCUUCUCACCAGCGCUGGGACCUUCUGGUUCUUCUCCUCCAUGUGCCUCCUCAACGUCCUCUUCACCGUCGCCUUCGUCCCGGAGACCAAGGGCAAGACGCUGGAGCAGAUAGAAGCAUCCUUCAGAGGGUCAUCGGGUCCAUGACGAGCCCCCUUAUCUCCCUCAUGGUCUCAGCCUGUUUAAACCACUUUCUUAUCCAUUGUUUUUUGGACACAGCUGGUAAUAAUUAUGAUGUAAUGUUCAGCGUUCGGUUGAACUGUUUUCCAUUGAUUCGAGGAAGGUGUUCC